AUGGCUGAGUUUGUCAUCGAAACUUUGUUAGGGAAUUUGAACUCACUUGUUCAAAAGGAGUUGCAACCAUUUCUUGGUUUUGAUCAAGACUUGGAAAGGCUUUCCGGCUUGUUAACUACAAUCAAGGCUACACUUGAAGAUGCUGAGGAGAAACAAUUCUCAAACAAAGAUAUAAAAGAUUGGUUGGGAAAGCUAAAACAUGCAGCUCACAACCUGGAUGACAUCAUUGAUGAGUGUGCCUAUGAAGUAAUGAGGUUGGAGUACGAAGGGGUCAAGUGUGGUCCAUUAAACAAGCUACAAUGCUAUUGCUUAUCCUCUUUUCAUCCCAAGCGUGUUGUUUUUCAUUACAAAAUUUCUAAGAAAAUGAAAAGAAUAAGUGAGAGAUUAAGGGAAAUUGAUGAGGAAAGGACUAAGUUUCCUUUAAUUGAGAUGGUUCAUGAGAGAAGAAGACGAGUCCUUGAGUGGCGCCAAACUGUCUCUCGAGUCACUGAACCAAAAGUCUAUGGAAGAGAAGAAGAUAAGGAUAAAAUUUUAGACUUUUUGAUUGGUGAUGCUUCUCAUUUUGAGUAUUUAUCUGUCUAUCCAAUAACUGGUCUAGGUGGACUUGGAAAAACAACACUUGCCCAAUUCAUCUUCAAUCAUAAGAGGGUAAUCAACCACUUUGAGUUAAGAAUUUGGGUAUGUGUUUCAGAAGAUUUCAGUUUGGAGAGAAUGAUGAAAGCUAUCAUUGAAGCAGCAUCUGGGCAUGCUUGCACGGAUUUGGAUCUAGGGUCACAACAAAGAAGAAUUCAUGAUAUGCUUCAAAGAAAAAGAUAUUUGCUUGUUUUAGAUGACGUGUGGGAUGAUAAGCAAGAGAAUUGGGAGAGGUUGAAAUCUGUAUUGUCUUGUGGGGCCAAGGGUGCUUCCAUUUUAGUCACUACUCGUCAAUCAAAGGUAGCAACAAUCUUGGGAACAGUAUGUCCUCAUGAAUUACCAAUUCUACCUGACAAAUAUUGUUGGGAAUUGUUUAAACAACAAGCCUUUGGACCAAAUGAGGAAGCACAAGUAGAGCUUGCAGACAUAGGGAAGGAGAUAGUAAAGAAGUGUCAGGGAGUACCUCUUGCUGCAAAAGCACUAGGAGGUCUUUUACGCUUCAAAAGAAACAAAAAUGAGUGGCUCAAUGUUAAGGAUAGCAAACUUUUGGAGUUACCACACAAUGAAAACUCCAUAAUUCCUGUCCUGAGAUUAAGUUACUUGAACUUACCAAUUGAGCACAGACAAUGUUUUUCUUAUUGUGCAAUAUUUCCCAAAGAUGAAAGAAUAGGAAAGCAAUAUUUAAUAGAACUUUGGAUGGCUAAUGGAUUCAUUUCAUCUAAUGAAAAAUUAGAUGUUGAAGAUGUUGGUGAUGAUGUAUGGAAUGAAUUAUAUUGGAGAUCAUUUUUUCAGGAUAUUGAGACAGAUGAAUUUGGCAAAGUUACAAGUUUCAAGAUGCAUGAUCUUGUUCAUGAUCUUGCAGAAUCUAUUACAGAAGAUGUUUGCUGCAUUACAGAAGAAAAUCGUGUAACUACUUUGCAUGAAAGAAUACUCCAUCUAUCAGAUCAUAGGUCCAUGCGAAAUGUAGAUGAGGAAUCCACUAGUUCAGCGCAGUUGCAUCUAGUCAAAUCUUUGAGGACCUAUAUAUUGCCAGAUCUCUAUGGUGACCAACUUUCGCCUCAUGCUGAUGUGUUGAAAUGUAAUUCUUUGCGGGUACUUGAUUUUGUAAAAAGAGAAACAUUGUCAUCUUCUAUAGGUCUUUUAAAACAUCUAAGGUACUUGAAUCUCUCUGGGAGUGGUUUUGAAAUUCUUCCAGAAUCACUAUGUAAAUUGUGGAAUUUGCAAAUAUUGAAAUUAGAUCGUUGCAUUCAUCUCAAAAUGUUGCCUAACAAUUUGAUAUGCUUAAAAGAUCUAAAGCAAUUGUCUUUUAAUGAUUGCCCAAAACUAUCAAACUUGCCUCCUCAUAUAGGUAUGCUGACUUCCCUAAAGAUUUUAACCAAGUUCAUUGUUGGCAAAGAAAAAGGAUUCAGUUUGGAAGAACUGGGACCAUUGAAGCUUAAAAGAGAUCUUGACAUCAAGCAUCUAGGAAAUGUAAAAAGUGUAAUGGAUGCCAAAGAAGCCAAUAUGUCAAGUAAGCAGUUGAAUAAGUUGUGGUUAUCAUGGGAAAGAAAUGAAGACUCUGAAUUGCAAGAAAAUGUUGAGGGGAUUCUUGAAGUGCUUCAACCUGAUACCCAACAACUUCGGAAAUUAGAGGUGGAAGGAUAUAAAGGUGCCCGUUUCCCACAAUGGAUGUCUAGUCCUUCUCUCAAACAUUUAUCAAUUUUAAUACUUAUGAAUUGCGAAAACUGUGUACAACUUCCACCAUUAGGGAAAUUGCCUUCUCUAAAGAUUCUAAGAGCAUCACACAUGAAUAAUGUAGAAUACCUCUAUGAUGAGGAAUCCAGCAAUGGGGAAGUAGUUUUCAGGGCCCUAGAAGAUCUGACCUUCCGUGGUCUGCCAAAGUUUAAAAGGUUAUCAAGGGAGGAGGGCAAAAUCAUGUUCCCAAGCCUUUCCAUACUUGAAAUUGAUGAAUGUCCUCAAUUUUUGGGAGAAGAAGUACUGCUAAAAGGGUUGGACUCUCUCUCAGUAUUCAAUUGUAGUAAGUUCAACGUGUCGGCAGGUUUUUCUCGCCUUUGGAAAUUGUGGCUUUCCAAUUGCAGAGAUGUGGGAGAUUUGCAAGCUUUACAAGAUAUGACGUCCCUCAAGGUCUUAAGAUUAAAGAAUCUACCGAAGCUAGAAUCAUUGCCUGACUGCUUUGGAAACCUUCCCUUGCUUUGUGAUUUGAGUAUUUUUUACUGUUCCAAGUUGACUUGUCUUCCAUUGAGCCUGAGACUUACCAAUUUGCAACAAUUGACUAUUUUUGGUUGUCAUCCGAAGUUAGAAAAGCGUUGUGAGAAAGAAACAGGAGACGACUGGCUAAACAUAGCUCACAUUCCCCAUAUAUCUGUGGGCUAUAAACAUUAUGAUCAUAUUUCCGAUUAA